AUGGCCUCUCUGGACCUGCCAUACCGCUGUCCUCGCUGCGGGGAGCACAAGCGCUUCCGAAGCCUGUCGUCCCUACGUGCCCACCUGGAGUACAACCACACGUACGAGACCCUCUACGUCCUCUCCAAAUCCAACAGUGUAUGUGAUGCUGCUGCUCUGCUGCCCCUAGUGGCUGAGGGAGCUCUUCUCACACCCGCCAACAACAACGACCCUUUUGAGCCACUUCGACCUUCAGCUUUCAAGGAGCGACGCUUCCCCUGCCGUGAGCUUCCUUGUCCAGACGACCUGGGAUUGACCCCCGCCAACUCCAACACUGCAGCCCGCUAUAUCCCCAAUGUGGAGUUUCCCCUGGGGGAGAUUUUUAUGAAGAAAGCCAUGACAUCCACAGACCCGGGUCCGCAUGGAAACCCCAGCACAGCUGUAGCAGUGGCGGCCAAUGUAGCGGCCAGUGCAGUGGAGGCGGCCUACGAGGAAGGCCUUGCCAGACUGAAGGCACGGGCGUUUGAACGACUGGAGCUGGAUGAGAGGCUGGAGAAACUGUCUGAAGAGGUGGAGCAGAAAAUAGCGGCCCGUGUAGGUCGUCUUCAGGCAGAGCUGGAGAGGAAGAGCUCAGAGCUGGAGCGGGCCAAGCAGGAGAGUGAGCGGCUGAGCCAGGAGAAGCAGGACCUGGAGGACAAGGCCUCAGAGCUUUCUCGGCAGGUGGACGUCUCUGUGGAGAUGCUGGCCAAUCUCAAACAGGACCUGGUUAACAAGGAGGAGGAGCUCAACCACAAACAGCAGGAGGUCGCCCAGAUUGACCAAUUCCUCCAGGAGACGGCAGCACGUGAAGCCAACGCCAAGGUGCGCCUGCAGCAGUUCAUCGAGGAGCUGCUGGACCGAGCCGACCGCGCGGAAAAACAGCUGCAGAUCAUCAGCAGUUGUGGCACCACACCAAAUGGCAGCCUGGGACGAUGCAGCCUCCAGGGCUCAAAGGGCAAUGGACGUCAGAGAAAUUCCAGCAUUUCCGGGAGCACCCGAGGCAUGUACCAAGUGUCCGAUCGACGUUCAUCCCCAAGCACAGGGGCAUCAGGGCGCCUCAAGUCAGUCUCACAGGGCUCUGGAGGUUACGACAGUGACAGUGUAGAGAUGCAUCCCAUGGAGGAGUGUCCCGAGGCCCAGUACUACCAUGUCCAGUGCCGACUGGGUGAGGGAGGUUACGAGCGUUCCCCCGGGGGAGGAGGUGGUGUGUCUCGGAGCUGGGGUCUCCGAAAACAAGCUAUCCAGAACUGGCAGCGGCGGCCAUACCGGAACAGCACUGAAGGGGAGGAAGGAGACGUAUCAGAUGUGGGUUCCCGCACCACCGAAUCAGAGGUGGAGAUGUGGGAGCAGGAGAGGAGGGCCGUGGCAGAGGUCCAACAGUCUGCUGCCCCGUACCCUCACCACGGCCGGGCCGGCUACCGUGCUAACGCAGCACGGUCUGAAGGCGUCUACAAUAAGCCAUGCCGCCAUGAGAAGAGCCCGUCUAAAUCCAAUGAGGUCAUCAGCCCAGAGAUCCUGAAGAUGCGUGCAGCCCUUUUCUGUAUCUUCACCUACCUGGAUACUAAAACCUUACUGAGGGCCGCUGAGGUCUGCCGUGACUGGAAGUUUGUGGCCCGUCACCCGGCAGUGUGGACCAGAGUGCUGCUGGAGAACGCUCGCAUUUCUUCCAAGUUCCUGGGCACACUGUCUCAGUGGUGCACUCAGACGCACUCGCUCAUCCUGCAGAACCUCAAACCACGACAGAGGGGCAAGAAGGAAACCAAGGAGGAGUACCUCAAAAGCACACGUGGCUGUCUGGAGGAGGGUCUGGAGGCCAUACUGAAAGCCACAGGAAGCAACCUACUGAUUCUGAAGGUAUCUCACUGCCCCAACUUGCUGACCGAUCGCUCCCUCUGGCUGGCCAGCUGCUACUGCCGAGCCUUGCAGGCUGUAACCUACAGGAGUGCCACAGACCCAGUUGGCCAGGAGGUGAUCUGGGCCCUCGGGGCAGGCUGCAGAGACAUCAUCUCCCUGCAGGUGGCACCACUGCACCCAUGUCAGCAGCCAGCUCGCUUCAGUAACCGAUGCCUUCAGACCAUAGGAAGAUGCUGGCCACACCUGCGUGCUCUUGGUGUGGGUGGGGCCGGGUGUGGCAUCCAGGGGCUGGCCUCACUGGCGAGGAACUGCAUGCGUCUGCAGGUGCUGGAGCUGGACCACGUGAGUGAGAUCAACCAGGAGGUGGCAGCAGAAGUUUGCAGGGAAGGCCUGAAGGGCUUGGAGAUGCUGGUUCUCACCUCCACACCAGUCACUCCCAAGGCUCUGCUCCACUUCAACAGCGUGUGUCGCAACCUGAAGUCCAUCGUUGUUCAGAUUGGCAUAGAAGACUACUUCGAGGACCCCAACAGCCCUGAGGCAAGGAAACUGUUUGACGAGAUGGUCAACAAGCUGCAGGCUCUGAAGAAAAGACCUGGCUUCUCCAAAAUUCUCCAUGUAAAAGCAGAGAGUCUCUGCUAACAUCCCUCGUGCAGCUAAAAGUCGUGGAGGGACUCCAUCUUGGCUCUAAGCCAUUCAAACAGACCUGGCCGUUUUGAGCCCUCUCCGUGGGGCUCAAUCAGUCUGCAGCACCAACAGAAACAAUGGAAGACCACAGAUCGCCAUGACGAACCAGGAAGUUAGCUAUACUAAAGGCUCAAUGUGCAUACUCUAUAACUACAAACUUGCAAAAAAAACUCAUUUACUAUUCCGGGCGGAGAAAUCACAAUCUCCCUCACUUUCAUUAUGACAGAACACUGGUCAGGAGGAUUAUUUGGAUCUUAAGUCUUUCCACAAUGGCACGAUCUAUCAAAAAAGGGGCCUGUCUUUAACAUGCCAGUUAGGCUCAGAAAGAAACCCCAACAAAACUAUCAGAUUCUUUAUUAUCAGUUGUCUUUUGCUUCCACCAUACCAACGGAUCAUGUCGUAACAGAGCCAGACCUCUUCCUAUGAAUACCUGGAGCUAGGUGAUGAUGCUGUAUGUCAGUGUCUGCAUCCACGUGUAUGACCUUUAGCUCAGACUACCUUAGACACCAACAACUAGGGGGCAGGAGCACGUUAACAGUGCACAGCAUAUAUAAAUUUUCCACUGAGAAGGACAUAAAACUUAAUAGAAAAGGAAAUUGUUUUUGAUUUUGCAAGGGA